UCUGCUCUCAGGUAAGGGACCGGAGAUCCUGCUGGUGGGAGAGAAGCUCAACGACAAUGAGUGGCACACAGUGAAGGUGGUGCGACGAGGCAAGAAUCUGCAGCUGUCUGUGGAUAAUGUUACUGUGGAAGGUCACAUGACUGGCGCCCACACUCGUCUGGAGUUUAACAACAUAGAGACGGGCAUCAUGACCGAGAGGCGCUUCAUCUCCGUCAUGCCGUCCAACUUUAUCGGCCACCUGCAGUCACUGUCCUUCAACGGCAUGCACUAUCUGGACCAGUGCAAGAACGGGGACAUCUCUUACUGCGAACUCAACGCCCGCUUUGGAAUGAGGCACAUUGUGGCCAACCCGGUCACUUUUCUCACCCAAGCCAGUUACUUGGCCUUCUCCACUUUACAGGCCUACGCCUCCAUGCACCUGUUCUUUCAGUUCAAAACCACCAGUCCCGACGGGCUCAUUCUGUACAACUCUGGAGAUGGCAGCGACUUCAUUGUGGUGGAGCUAGUCAAAGGCUAUAUCCACUAUGUUUUCGACUUGGGGAAUGGACCUUCCCUAAUGAAGGGGAACUCUGACAAGCCUCUCAAUGACAACCAGUGGCAUAAUGUGGUGAUCUCCCGAGACAACAACAAUGUGCACAUUCUGAAAAUAGACUCACGCACCGUCACCCAGCAUGCCAAUGGAGCCCGCAACCUGGAUUUAAAAGGUGAGCUGUACAUUGGUGGCGUGGGGAAGAGCAUGUACGGCAGCCUUCCAAGACUCAUAGCGUCUCGAGAGGGGUACAAGGGCUGCCUGGCUUCUGUGGACCUGAAUGGGAGGCUUCCUGAACUGCUGGCAGAUGCCCUUCACAAAGUGGGCGAGGUGGAGCGCGGCUGUGGAGGUCCCAGCACUACCUGCACAGAGGACUCAUGUCACCACUCGGGGGUAUGUCUGCAGCUGUGGGAGGGCUUCUCCUGUGACUGCACCAUGACCACCUAUGGAGGGCCCUUCUGCAAUGACCCUGGGACCACGUAUAUCUUCGGUAAAGGAGGGGCUCUCAUCACUUACACCUGGGCCCCGAACGAGCGUCCUAGCACCCGAGCGGACCGCCUGGCCGUGGGCUUCAGCACGCAGCAGAAGGACGCCAUCUUGGUGCGAGUGGAGAGCACCCACGGGCUCGGAGACUUUCUUCAGCUGCACAUAGAUCAAGGCAAGAUCGGUGUGAUCUUCAACGUGGGGACUGAUGACAUCAUCAUCGAUGAGCCCGCUGUAGUGGUAAACGAUGGCAAGUACCACGUUGUGCGGUUCACACGCAGCGGUGGCAAUGCCACUCUCCAAGUGGACAACCAUCCGGUCAUUGAGCGCUACCCUCCAGGACACUAUGAUAAUGAGCGACUGGCUAUUGCUAGACAAAGAAUCCCAUACAGACUUGGUCGGGUAGUUGACGAGUGGCUACUCGAUAAAGGGAGGCAAUUGACCAUCUUCAAUAGCCAAGCUGCCAUCAAAAUCGGCGGCAGUGACAAGGGUCGUCCGUUCCAGGGGCAGAUCUCGGGCCUGUACUACAAUGGUUUACAGGUGUUAAAACUCGCUGCAGAGAAUGACCCAAGUGUUGAAGUGGAGGGUAACCUGCGUCUAGUGGGAGACUCGCUCACGGCGGUUACCACGGAUACGACCUCAGCAACUCCGUUAGCCGUGUCCGACAUGUCAACCACCAUCAUGGAAACGACCACCACAAUGGCUACCACGACCACAAGGAGGCAGCGCUCGCCAAGUCUGAGAGAGAGCAUCUCCAAGCCACAAAACUCUGAUGAUAUUUUAGUGGCAUCAGCUGAGUGUCCCAGUGACGAUGAAGACUUGGAGGAGUGUGAACCAGGAACAGGUGCACUGUGUAACUUUGUGCCCACAGCCAACCCCACCGCUUUGGACGAAAAGAACCUGCCAGGUGCCGUGGAGGUCAUAAGGGAGUCGAGUAGCACAACCGGCAUGGUAGUGGGCAUCGUGGCUGCUGCUGCCCUCUGCAUCCUUAUACUGCUCUAUGCCAUGUACAAGUAUCGCAACCGAGAUGAGGGCUCUUACCCGGCAGACAACAGCCACGGUUUUGCCAAUAACUCGUCCGUAGAGGGGAACGGAGCAGUGAUAAAGGACAAAACCACGCCGACGGGCUCAGUGGCAAAGGCAAUCACGAAGGGCAAAAAGAACAAGGACAAAGAGUAUUACGUCUAAAAAGUGUUAUGUGUGGACAAGAAGCUUUUUCCGUUUCUGUGGCCAUCAGAGAAGUCUCACAACAGCUGAUCGAAGCAAAUGUUUGAACUGUGGUAUUAUUCCUUAAAAAGUCAAGGUUGCGCGGUUUCCUGUUCGUGUUCAAAAAGAUCUGACUCAUCCUUCGUGUCACAACAGGACAGCAUUCACCACCUCUUUGUAUGUGUGUCAUUUUUUAUGUUUUUAAUGAGGUCCGAAGAGGAGGCAUAACCACUCUUGGCUUUGUAUAUAGCAUGGAUACGUCUCGGUAAACAAGGUGCUGAGGACUUCCGGAUAAAUCUGCCUAAAUGUUUUCUUUGUACUUCUUUGUAAUGUUCGAAUUCCAGCGUCCUCCAUUACGAUAUAUGAGGCAGAACAGAAUAGGAAUAUUGGAUUUUAUUAUGAGCUAAGGGUAUUUCUGCAAAAGUAAGAUUUUAAAAGGUAUUUGCUGCCUAUAACUCUCCAAUCACUUUAACUACUCAAAAUGGUGUAAUAUUGCUGGUACUAACAAAGCAUGACUUUAAGCUCAAUGAUGAAAUGGAGAAUUAAAUGAAAAUUAAAAAAUAUAUCUACCUGAGCCAGUAACUAUUCACAGAUGGGUUACUACAGGUGUCAUAAGUGUGCCAUUUUGAGUAGGAAUUCACAAAUCAGUCCAACUCCACUGAAAAGAAUUUGUCUGUAAACAUUGCUUGUAUGUACAUAUAGAGUAUAGCAGAAGGCAAAAUGAAUGCAAGGGAGAAGAGCUAUGAAGAGGAGAUAUUAUCCAAGACCCUCCCCACAUCUUUACAAUACCAAACCGCCGCAGCCCGAACUUUUACUUCAGGAGUUUUUGUGAACACAGAAUCAUUUUCGAAGGGAGUUUCCUUUCUGGUGCAAAAAGGACUGCCUCGGACAUUGCGAGGCGGGGUCACUGUACUGUUUUCCUUUGUCUGUCAUGGGAUAAAUGCAAAAGCACACUGAUAAUGUAAACCAAUGUGGAAGACAUACAGUAGAUAUUUCAUGUAAAGGAGCCAGACGUAAUGAUUUUUUUCCUAUCAGUUACUAUAAAGACUAUUCUAUGAGAUGAAUAAUUGAAAAGUUUGUGAAUUGUAUUGAUAUUUCUCUGAUAUUUCAAUGUAUCUUAUUAUCACUCCUUAAAAACAUGUUACAUUUUAAAAUUGCCUUUUUUCUUAAGUCCAGACAAUAAGCACACUUCCCUCCGACAGCUGCAGACAUCUUUUACAUUAUUUAAGGAUCCGAUUACAAAAGAAAACACAAGGGUGGCAAACAACAAUGUUUGUGUUGUUGCAUUUUAUAUGUGUUGAAUUUGUUAACCAUCGGAUCGGAUAAUCUAAAGCCAUCUCUCUGUUUGGUUUUGGUCGACAUUUUACUUAUUCAUGCUCAGUGAUUUCCUCUUAUUUUUAUGAAAGUGCCAUUCGAAAUAAGGGGCUCUGUGCUCAGAAAAAUUUCAUUCCUCACUCAUUGCUAUUGUAUAGUGUUCAUGUGAAAUGGAUAUGUGUACAGAA